AAAUAGUCCAGCUAAUAUCAAUGAAAUGCCAUUUUCGGUCUAUAACUUUUUGUUAUGCUGCGCAGCAGGAAAGUUGGAGCGCAUCCUGCUCUCAGGCUAGAUAACACUCGCACUUCCCACUACUGAAUGAGAAGGUGGGAAAUCAAGUGGUGAGAAGACAAAAAGGACACACAGCUCCUCUUUUUGAGAAACUACAGUGGACACAAGGCAUUUUCCACCUGGCAAAUCUCUUAAUGGAACAAAUGUGGACUCAUCAGGAGAGGCCAAGCAGGGCAUGGCUUUAAGCAGACUCCUGCUGCUCUGUAUGGUAGCCUCUGAGGUGUGGGAUGCUGAGACCAAACCCAUAGACUUUGUGUGUAAUAGAGCCACCAGGAGGGCUAUGAAUAUUGUGGCAGAAAUGGAGAGUGCACUGAGUGACUGCAAUGGUGUCAUGACCCUCUCCACACCAGUUCAGCUACCCUGCACAGAGCUUCAUGUAGCAUCUUGGAAAAACAAAUCAAACCAGGAGAAGAGGGGAGACAUAGCUGCAUCCUUCAGGCUUCUUAUUGAAGGUGUGAAGGCUGUGAGGGCCCUGAGUCAUCCAGGAUGUGUUGCUUCACUACUGCAGAAAUUGGAGAACAACAUCAACAACUACCUGCUCAUUCUCACACACCUUCAGCUGAGUCAGGGGCCAGUGGUGAGCCCAUCACUGUCUUGUGUUCCUCGAAGUUCCCAGAGUCUGAGCACACUCCUGUUGAGAUACAAACAGCUGAUCUCAGGCAAACUGGAGCAGUUCAUGAUUAACCUGGAAGACAGCUGCACUUACCAGUGACUCAAAAACAACUUUAGUGAACCCAUUAUUCUUCACAAAUGGGGAUUCAAUUCAGCUCCACUGGAGCCCCAAGUCAAUGAAGUCCGCCAGUGCAAAACAGCAGGACUAAUCCGGAUUUUCUCCUCACCUUCAAAAUUCUCAUGUGUAAAAAGUCUUCUUUUGUAUAUUGUGAUAUGUAUAUACAGUCAUUAAGAGGAACUACAUCUGGAUAAGUAAGGAAAAUAAAAGACAUCAAUAUGUAUGCAAUAAUGAGUAUCUUGGAAAAAAGAAGCAGUUCUUUGUAUCAUUCAUUAAGCUAAGGAUACUUUGAAUUUGGUUGUAGGUGUGUACAACCAAAACGACUUCUUUAAUGUAGCUUACAGGCAGCUUUUCCAUGUCUCCACUGUAUGCAGAACUAUCAAAAUCCAAAUGACAGUUUCAUGUUGAGGUUGUUCUCCACCUUGAUCACAUGGCUAGAACCAAAAGGUCAGCUUGGUUGUCUGAAUUCAUGUUUUCAGGCCAGAUUUGUUUUGCUCCUUGUCAGUGGUAGAAAUGUCUCCCAAAGUGGCUAUUAUGCUAAUAGUGCUAGACAGUUACUGCGCAUCAAAAAAAUCAUAUAUAAGCUAUAAAAGACACUGAAGAACAAUGAAGACUGGAAAAUAUUGCUAUACCUUUCUGGUAUAAAUUCAGUGAGCAGGUUUUGCUUAUUCUUAUUGCACUUUUAGCUCUUAUGUCUGUUUACAUUUUUAUUUUAAAAAUUAUGAUUUGCUAUGAUUUGUGCAUGUUCCUUUGUAUUCCUUUUUUAUUUUGGGAAAUCCACCUUGGGUUUCUUUGUGAAUGUCUUUAUGUAAAUGCUCAGAUGUUGCAUCUAAGGACAUUUUUGCAACAGUUAUAUCAAUACAAAUACUGUUUAUGAUGAUAGAAAACCCUCCCAAUAUAAUAUGCAAUAAACUGU